AUGCCUGUUCCUUCGAUUAGCGCAACUCAGCAGGCUCUGGUUGGCCAAACUAUCGACAACGGAUCUCUUCGCCUUCUCGACAUCCUCGGCUGUGGCGGUUUCGGAGCCGUCUUCCGUGCCAUCGCUCCCAAAAGUCGUGGAACAAGCGCGACUCGUGUCUUCGCCGUGAAGGUCAUAGCAAAGAAGUCUGGCGAACGUGGUCACGAGCAGAUGCGCGAACUCGCCUAUCACAAGCGCGUCUCCAGCCACCCAAACAUCGCCACGCUCCAUCGUCACUUCAAAGACUCAACUUUCAUCUACGUUGUCCUCGAAGCCGUUCUCGGUGGAGAUCUCUUCACCGCUGUUGUCGACAAGGCGCUCUUCUUCUAUGACGAAGGUCUUACAAAGAAGAUCUUCGUUCAGAUCCUCGAUGCCGUUGCAUGGUGCCAUUCACGAGGCGUCUACCACCGCGACCUCAAGCCGGAAAACGUACUCUUGUCAGCGAACGGUCUUCAUGCCUACUUAACCGACUUUGGUCUGGCUACCGAGAACAAGUUCAGUAGCACAUUUGGGGUGGGAAGUAGAGCAUACAUGAGUCCUCAGGUUAUCAACGAGGAUAUGGACGAAUACGACUAUUCCACGCCCCAUAAUGACAUCUGGGCUCUUGGCUGCAUCUUCAUGAACAUGCUGGCCGGCUGCGGCCUUUGGAAGCGCGCCGUGCUCGCAGACAGAAGCUUCAUGCUGUUCCUGAACGACCCCGACUUUCUACACGAAGCUCUACCCAUCACAAAAUCUGCUGGCGGCAUUCUCCGCCGUGUCUUCACUAUGGACACUGCCAAACGCAUAUCUCUCGCCGAGCUUCGCACAGCCGUCCUGGAGAUCGAUCGCCUCUACCUUACCCCUGAAGAACUCGAACUUGCGACGGAGGAAGUUCAGGAAAUUGCAGACCGUGCUAUUCAACUUCGUAUUGCUGCGAUGGAGAGCGAGACCGACUACAACUCCUAUAUCGGGUCUUCGCGGUCGCGUGCCAGCUUCGGAAAGUCGCAGUGUAUAGAUGGCCCUACUCUGGUCAACGCAUCGCCUUCUCCUGGACCACCCACUGUGGCACCUCCUUCUCACCCGUCAGCAAUCUCUAAGAUCGGCCGGCCGGCCAGCAUAACGGGCGCUACCCAAUCUUGUCUUGCGCCACCGUCCCUGGUUCCUGCGCUCCUUGCCUCCCAAUGUCUCAUACCAAACGUGGUACAUUCGGUCUUGGAUUCCGCGUCCAGCAUCUCGUCGACGCCGUCAACACCCUCUGAAACGACCUCAAGCGCGCCUAUCACUCCGGAAACCCACGCCGUUGCUGAUGCUCAUGUCACGUCUGGGAACCGCUCGAUGGAGGAUCUUGCCCUGCCGCCGUCGGCAGCUUGCGAUGGGGUCAUCACUUCGGCUUUUAAGUUGGACGACCCCAUACCGAAGAAGGCACGUCAGGAUGCGGAUGACUUCAUGAGUCGAAUUCUGCAUGAGCUUCGUGAAUAG